UAAAAUCCACUUUAAAAGAAAGUAACUGCCAUUGAUACAGCAAAAACAAAAAUGCUCAAACCAAAAAAUUACUCAAACCUGAUUUCCCGCCAAAUCGCCAUUACAAACACUAACCAACUUUCAAAUCUAACACAAACCCUCUUAAACCUACUUAAAAGAUGCACUUCUGUAAAGUCAUUACAACAAAUUCACACACAAAUGUUAAUAAACUCAAUUCAAAAACCAAAUUAUUUUCUCCCCAAGAUCAUCAACCUCAAAAAUUUCACUUAUGCCUCUCUAUUCUUUUCUCAAAUUCCUAACCCAAAUGAUUAUUCUUUCAAUAUAAUGAUCAGAGGCUUAACAACCACAUGGAAAAACUACCCUUUAGCUAUACAAUUUUAUUACCAAAUGAGAUCGUUAUGCGUAAAACCCGACAAUUUUACUUUCCCAUUCGUGUUCAUUUCAUGUGGGAAUCUUUGUGCCUUACAUCAUGGGCAGAUUGCUCAUUGUACUGUGUUUAUGUUGGGGUUGGUUAGUGAUAGUCAUGUGAGUCAUUCUUUGAUUACUAUGUAUGCGAAAUGUGGUCAGUUGGGUUAUGCGUAUAAGGUGUUUGAUGAAAUUCUUGAGAGGGAUUUGGUGUCGUGGAAUUCUAUUAUUUCGGGGUAUUCGAAAAUGGGGUUUGGGCAAGAGGCUGUGAGGCUGUUUAUGGAAAUGAGGGAGGACGGGUUUGAGCCGGAUGAGAUGAGUUUGGUUAGUGUUCUUGGGGCUUGUGGGGACUUGGGAGAUUUGAUGUUGGGGAGGUGGAUUGAGGGUUUUGUUAGUGAGAGGAAUGUGGAGUUGAACUCUUAUAUUGGGUCGGCUUUGAUUGGGAUGUAUUGUAAGUGUGGGGAUUUGUUGUCGGCUAGGAGAGUCUUUGAUGCAAUGGCGAAGAAAGAUAUUGUUACUUGGAAUGCCAUGAUCACGGGGUAUGCACAAAAUGGAGCGUCGAAUGAGGCAAUUAUAUUAUUCAAUGUCAUGAGAGAGGCAGGCAUUAAUCCAGAUAAAAUCACAUUGGUUGGGGUGCUUUCUGCGUGUGCCUCAAUUGGAGCGCUUGAUGUCGGAAAAUGGGUUGAGACAUAUGCAUCACAAAGAGGCUUUGAAAAGGAUGUUUAUGUUGCCAGUGCGUUAGUUGAUAUGUUUGCGAAGUGUGGGAACUUAGACAAUGCUCUAAAAGUUUUUGAAAAUAUGCCUCAUAAGAAUGAGGUCUCUUGGAAUGCUAUGAUUUCUGCUCUUGCAUUUCAUGGGAGAGCUCAGGAAGCCUUAUCGCUAUUCAGGCGCAUGCUGACUGAUAGCACUGCCCAGCCAAAUGAUAUCACAUUUAUAGGUGUACUUUCUGCAUGUGUGCAUGCUGGACUGGUUAAUGAGGGCCGCCAAUUCUUUGAUUCAAUGAAAUCAUCAUUUGGAUUAGUUCCAAAAAUUGAGCAUUUUUCUUGUAUGGUUGAUCUUUUGGCACGUACAGGACUUCUUUAUGAAGCUUGGGACUUCAUUGAGAAGAUGCCCGGAAAACCAGAUGAAAUUAUUCUUGGGUCCUUACUUGGUGCCUGUCAGAAGUACAAAAAUGUAGAUAUUAGUGAACGAGUGAUUAAACUACUCCUACUCAUGGAACCUUCAAAUUCUGGAAACUACAUCAUCUCUUCUAAAAUUUAUGCAAAUUCAAAAAGAUGGGAAGACUCUGCAAACAUGAGGGUUUUGAUGAGACAGCGGGGUGUCACUAAGAUCCCUGGCUGUAGCUGGGUUGAGUUUGGAGCUCAAGUUCAUGAAUUUCAUGCUGGUGAUAUGUUGCAUCAUGAUUCAGUAGAAAUAUAUCAAUUAUUGAAUGAUGAAAUGAAAAGGUUAGGUUACACUCCAAAGGUUGGCUAAACAUAGAUGGAGAAGUUGUGAAACUUGCUUCCUCAAACAUCGAAAAACGUAUCUGUGGUCUCAUGUUAUCAGGCUUGUUUUCUAGCUGCGAAUCCAGUAUAAGAACAUUCACGGAAGCCUGCAUUCUAGAAAGCGGGAUUUCUGCUAGGAACCAUGAAUUGAUAGGUGCUGUUUAUUCAUUCACUCAACACUUUGUAGUAGAUAUCAUAACUUGUUUGAUUUUGGAUCUUCAUCAUGUCAUGUUGUCUCUUCAGUUAAGAUUUAUAAUCCCGCUUCCGUAAAUUUCUCUUCUGCACGAACGAAGCCCUUCAAAACUCUAACCUGUUAUUAAUCUAAAAUGAUAUUCUCAGUUAAAAUUAAAUCAUGCAUCAUGGAUAUUCUUCACCGUGUCUUUUUG